GGGAGGCGGCGGCGGGAGGCGGCGGCGGGAGGCGGGAGGCGGCGGCGGGAGCGCGGGCUGGAGCCGCCUGCCCGGAGGGCGGGGGCCGUGUCGCUGGCGCUGCUGCCCGGUCUGCGCGCCGAGGGCGCCCAUGGAUCGCCACCCCAGCUCCAUCUUCAUCUGGCUGCAGCUGGAGCUCUGCGCCAUGGCCGUGCUGCUCACCAAAGGUGAAAUCAGGUGCUACUGUGAUGCUGCCCACUGCGUGGCCACUGGCUACAUGUGUAAAUCCGAGCUCAGUGCCUGCUUCUCCAGACUUCUCGAUCCUCAGAACACACAUUCCCCGCUCACCCAUGGCUGCCUGGACUCUCUCGCAAGCACAGCAGACGUCUGCCGAGCCAAGCAGGCACAAAACCACUCCGACACCACUGUGCCCACGUUGGAGUGCUGUCAUGAAGACAUGUGCAAUUACCGAGGGCUGCAGGACGUCCUUGCUGCUCCCAGGGGGGAGGCCUCAGCCCAGGGGGACCGGCCCCGGCACGGGGGCAGCAGAGGCCUCAUCACCAAAGUCCAGGAGCUCACGUCCUCCCGAGAGCUGUGGUUCCGGGCUGCCGUCAUAGCCGUCCCCAUCGCCGGGGGCCUGAUCCUGGUGCUGCUCGUCAUGUUGGCCUUGAGGAUGCUUCGCAGCGAGAACAAGAGGCUGCGGGACCAGCGGCAGCAGAUGCUCUCACGCCUGCACUACAGCUUCCACAGACACCACUCCCGCAAGGGGCAGGUCGCCAAGCUGGACUUGGAGCGCAUGGUGCCCGUGAGCGGCCACGAGAACUGCUGCCUGACCUGCGACAAGCUGAGGCGAGCCGACCUCAGCCACGACAAGAUCCUGUCGCUCGUGCACUGGGGCGCGUGCGGCAGGCACGGGAAGCUGGAGCUCGUAUGACGGUCUUGUCUGAACUGGGGUUCCAGGCGCUUGGAGGCCUUUGAGUUCUGCUGGACAGGAGCACUUUAUCUGAAUGAAAACAAACUCAGAGCAAUCAUCUCUGAGAGACAGUGACCUCUGCGACAGAAUCUGGGAUAUUUCCUCUGAAGGAUUAUUUGCACAGACUUAAAUACAGUCCAGAUGUGUUCUUUGCUUUAAAAUUAUGGAAAGCGAGGAGAAGACUGUGUACACUGUUACCACAGUUAUUUGAAUCUGAGGGAGCUAGAAUUGAGCACCUAAAUAAACUCCAUGUAAGCUCCUACAUCUUGA